CAGACUCAAAUUACACUCCAAAGUAAAAACGUCCUUGCACAAUGUUCAGUUCUUCAGUUGUACAAUUCACAGCAGCGACGGUCGACGGAGAAGUGCUGCCAGCGAACAACGACCGACUGACGGGGACCGGAGUGACGGACGGCGAGACGGCGACCACAGACGGCGACCAGGCGACCACGGAUCAUCCCUUCGGCCCUUCUUCUGAUUUCCUGCUUAAUCUCCCGUGCGAGUGUGCGUCGUGCUCCCAUCUUCAGACUCCAGGUUGAAAUCGGUCGCUCGUCCGGAGUCGCUAGGGUUGUAGUAUCUCCGAAUCAGCUUAUUCAGCCAAUUUGACCCCUUACCAAACAGACUGAGGCAUUAUCAGGGCAGUGAAAGACAACGAUUGAAGCAGCGAGCCACUAAGUUCACGCAGGUGUGGACACUGGAAAGAGGGGUUGCUGGCUUGCCGAGAGUAUUUGAGCUGAGAUAUCACAUGAAGAACGAGUAGAUGCAGGAUGGAUAACAAAAACGUCGUCGUCUGCGACAAUGGAACAGGGUAUGUCAAAUGUGGCUUUGCGAAUGAGAAUUUCCCCACAUCCGUUUUCCCUUGCGUGGUGGGGAGGCCAAUGUUGCGAUAUGAAGAAUCCCUUAUGGAACAAGACAUCAAGGAUAUUGCUGUUGGAGAUGCAUGUUUAAAGUUGCGGCACCAAUUGGAUAUAUCAUAUCCCGUCAACAAUGGGAUUGUGCAAAACUGGGAUGAUAUGGAACAUGUCUGGGACCAUGCAUUUUUCAAUGAGCUGAAGGUCAAUCCAACAGAAUGCAAAAUUUUGCUCACGGAUCCACCUCUCAAUCCAUCAAAAAACCGUGAAAAGAUGGUAGAAACAAUGUUUGAGAAAUACAACUUUGGUGGUGUCUUCAUUCAGAUUCAAGCUGUCCUAACAUUAUAUGCCCAAGGUUUACUAACUGGAUUAGUCAUAGAUUCUGGUGAUGGUGUUACUCAUGUGGUUCCAGUUGUAGAUGGUUACUCAUUUCCUCACCUCACUAAAAGAAUGAAUGUAGCUGGACGUCAUGUAACUUCUUAUCUAGUUGAUUUGCUGUUUCGCAGAGGGUAUGCGAUGAGUAGAAGCGCUGAUUUUGAGACUGUCAGGGAUAUAAAAGAAAAACUUUGCUACAUUAGUUAUGAUUAUAAACGAGAAUAUCAAUUGGGGCUUGAGACCACUAUCCUUGUUAAGAAUUAUACUCUUCCAGACGGGAGGGUAAUCAAAGUGGGCACGGAGAGGUUUCAAGCACCUGAAGCUCUGUUUACCCCGGAUCUCAUUGAUGUUGAAGGUGAUGGAAUGGCUGACAUGGUAUUUCGAUGCAUCCAGGAAAUGGAUAUUGACAAUAGAAUGAUGCUUUACCAGCAUAUAGUUCUAAGUGGAGGGAGUACCAUGUAUCCUGGCUUACCUAGUCGCUUAGAGAAGGAGAUUUUAGAUCGCUAUCUUGAAGUGGUUUUGAAAGGAAACAAGGAUGGAUUAAAGAAACUGCGAUUAAGGGUAGAAGAUCCACCAAGAAGAAAACACAUGGUGUAUCUUGGAGGUGCAGUUCUAGCAGGAAUUAUGAAGGAUGCACCUGAGUUUUGGAUCAAUAGACAAGACUAUUUGGAGGAAGGAGUUAGCUGCUUAAGCAAGUGCGGGCAGGCAUGAUGAUGGAUUUUAUUUAUACAUCUUGGGUUCCACAUGAAUCACUUUGUUUCAAGCAAUGUUAAAAUCUGGAUGCUGAAAGUGGUUAAUGAUUUAAUUUGUGGUCAAGUUACAGUGCGGCAGGUGACACUGUUUGUUACAGAUACUAUUAUCACAACUCGGUGAUAUUACCAUUUUUGUAUUUAUUUUGGUACUCCUCCUAGAGAGAACUGACAAACAUACUUCUCAUUACUUUAAGGGGGGUUUUAACAAAAAUAUUACUAAAUACUCCUUCUGUCCCCCUAUUAUUGUCCCAUUUCCUAUUCACUUUGUCAACACAAAUCACUCGUAAUCUCUUACUUUAUUUAUCAAAUUUUUAUCAAAUUUGAUUCUGGUUUUUGCGACUUUGUAAUCCUUUUAAUGUAGUUUCUUAAUAUGCAUUUUUUUCCCCUAAAAUAGUUCUAGUGUGGACAGGGAUCUAUUUGCUUUAUCGUCAGUCAAGCAUCGUAAACCGCAAUGGGACAAUAACAGGGGGACGAAGGUAGUAAUAGGUAAUGGACAAAAAAGAGACCUUUUUUCUCAAGUUCCAAAAAUGUGACUAAU